ACGGGCGUCGAGCCUCACACCGCAGCGAUUGCAGAUCCUACAUGUCAGAUAGGAAGGAGUGGGAAGGAAGGGUACGAGACACGGGGGGUCCAAACACGCACAGCCCCGGUGCAAGAGAGGGAUGGAGAGCCGGUCUGCAGAGGGAGGACGAGGGCUGAUGUGACUCCGACUGACUCCUUGCGCUCCAACUUGAUCCUUACGAGCCCCGUCUGCAGAUGCAACCUGUCUGUCAUCCCAGUAAUCCCUUUUUUAUUGCAGCGUUUCCUCUAAAUGGGCUGCAGGCAGAGGGGAGCACAAUGACAACCUGGUGAAUGCGGUCAGGAUGGAGUGAAGGCAGGAUGCGCAUCCACAGCCCGACAAGGAAGAAGGUAGUAGAGAAACCUGGCUGUCUUUCUGGUGGCGCAUGUCAGAGGAGAUUUUCCGCGGCGCUGUGGAUUGAUCGUUUCCUUCAUCAGCCUUCUGCUGCCGGUGUCGGUGUAUAAUGGAGAGCUCCAAUGGCUCUGGCAGCGACACCAAACCGCAGAAUCACCAGCUGGAGAAGAAGAGACUGAACCGAGCGCCUUCCCCGGCCAGACCUUUCCUCAAAGAUGUGCACUCCCGCUCCGCCAAACCACCUGCCAUCGUCCCCAAAUCCCCCAAACUCAACAAGCAGCAGCAGCAGCAGUCUGCCUCAGUGCCCUUAGCGCAUCCGAACCGCAGCUCCAGACGCAACACCGCUGGGGCCAAGGAGAAGCCAGCCACGGCCAAAAGUAACACCAAGUCUGCUGCGGCCAAAAAGCCCACUAAGGUGCCCCAGCAUGCAGCAGCUGAGCCCAAAGCCGCCGGCAUCAAACCGGACAGCACCAGCAGUCCGAUCCUCGCCAAAGGCAAGAAGGGGAAACUAGCCUCCCCGGGGCCUCUCAGCCAUGGAUCUCCGAUCCGGGUACCGACCGGGGCGCCUCUCGGCCGGGUCAGCCAGACCGACAGCAGCUCAGACCUGUCAGACUGUCCGUCCGAGCCGCUGUCGGACGAGCAGAGGCUGGCACCGGCCGCUAGUAGCGACGCCGAGUCCGGUACCGGCUCCAGUGACCGGGAUCAGCUGGGGGCAGAUAAUCCUCCGCGGGCAGAAGCGAGCGGAGCUGCUGCAGCUCAGCCCGCUCCGGGGUCCCACGGAGAGAAACACAAGCAGGAGAAACCCUCCACAAGCGCACAAUUCAAACUGCCAGGCACCAAGGAUGUAACCGAGGAGGACCUGCUGCGGGAGAUUGAAGAUCUGAGAUCCGAAAACGACUACCUCAAGGAUGAAGUGGACGAGCUGCGGGCCGAGAUGGAGGAGGUGCGAGACAGCUACCUGGAGGAGGAGGUCUACCAGCUACAGGAGCUGCGCAGGGAACUGGACCGCUCCAACAAAAACUGCCGCAUCCUCCAGUACCGCCUGCGAAAGGCCGAGCAGAAGAGCCUGCGGGUGGCUCAGACGGGCCACGUGGACGGAGAGCUGCUGCGAAGUCUGGAGCAGGACCUCAAGGUGGCCAAAGACGUGUCGGUGCGUUUGCACAACGAGUUGGAGAGCGUGGAGGACAAACGCAGCAGAGCCGAGGACGAGAACGAGCUGCUCCGACAAAAGAUCAUCGAGGUGGAGAUUUCCAAACAGGCGCUGCACAACGAGCUGGAGAGGACCAAAGAGACUGCACUGAGGCGACGAGGAAGCAGGGAAACGUUUAAGGACAAGAAAUCCACCAGUCAGGAGGACAGUGCAGACCUCAGAUGCCAGCUCCAGUUCGCCAAGGAGGAGUCCGGCCUGAUGAGGAAAAAGAUGGCGAAGCUGGGAAGGGAAAAGGACGAACUGGAGCAGGAGCUGCAGAAGUACAAAUCAGUUUACGGGGACGUCGACAGCCCCCUUCCUCUCGCCGAGUGCUCCGGCGGCGGCCCUCAUACAACUCGAGAGGCUGAGCUACGACUUCGCCUCAAACUGGUGGAGGAGGAGGCCAACAUCCUGGGCAGGAAGAUCGUGGAGCUGGAGGUGGAGAACCGCAGCUUACGGGCGGAAAACGAAGACAUUCGCUGCCAGUAUGAAAGAGACUGCUUUGGGCGGGAACCUUUCUCCAGCAUGCCUUCGUCGCCGUACGGUGGUGACGCUCUGGAGUCGGCCAGCGAGCUGCGGCGCCAUCUCCAGUUUGUGGAGGAGGAGGCGGAGUUGUUGCGCCGAUCCAUCUCAGAGAUCGAGGACCACAACAGGCAGCUGACUUCUGAGCUCAAUCGCUUCAAGUUUGGUCCAAGCAGCAGCUCCGGGCCUGUGGGUGAGGAGGGCAGCGAGGGAGGAUUGUUUAAACCAGGCAACGGUGGGGCCGGUAACGGCUCCAGUGGCGGGAUGAUGAUGGAGGAGCUCAAAUCAGCCAGGAUGCAGAUCAACGAGCUCAGUGGGAAGGUGAUGAAGCUGCAGUACGAGAACCGUGUCCUAAUGUCCAACGUCCAGCGCUGCGACCUGGCUGCACACCUCGGCCUUCGCACCGGCAGCCCUCGAGACAGCGACGCAGAAAGCGACGCUGGCCGGAGGGAAACGGCCGAGGACGAGGAGGCGGGUCGUCUUCUUCUCCUCCAACCCAAGAGGGAAGGCCCCAUCGGAGGUGAGAGCGACUCUGAAGACCUCUUUGAGAAAACAGCAACCACCUCAGGGUUCGGAAGCAUCAAACCCUCAGACGGCAGCGAGCUCAGUGCCACUGAACUGGCCAAUCGCAGGAGGGAAGAGCGGGAGUCGUUCUCCAACGUGAGGCGAGAGGCGGAGCGACUAGGGAAGACGGUGGACCGUCUGAUCACGGACACCGACAGCCUGAUCUUUGAGGGCAGGCUGUUGGUGACCACCGGAGAGAGUCUCGACCGAGAUUCAGCAUCAGGAUCCAAACCAGACACUCAGGUCCUGGACACCAUCAACACUCGCAUGAAGGCGUUCCGCACCGAGCUGCACAUCUUCGUGGAGAAGCUGGACCAUAUAGGGGAGGGUCUGAGGGAAAGGACAGACGAUCUGUCACCGAUGCCAAACCUCACGGAGUCCAGCAGCUUCCUGUCCACCGUCACCUCCAUGUCCCGCGACUCUCCCAUCGGCACCUUUGGAAGAGACCUGGUGACGGACUUCCAGCUCCGGGACACGCCUGCCUCUGACAUCCAGUUUCGUCUGGAUCACGAGCGAAGGAUGAGAACGGCGACGGAGGAACGGGAGGCCGUCGCUUCUCUGCCGCAGGAGGACGAGCGUUUGCGUCUGGAGGCCCAGCGUGAAGGUCUGGAGCUGCAAGGCCUCCAGAGCCACGAGGUGCCGUGGCCUCAGGAGAGAGCGGCGCUGCAGCAGGAGGUCCGACUCUUCAGACGAAACACCAUCAUCUUCUACAUGAAGCUCAGGUGGAUCCUCAUGCACUGGAGGCUCGGCCGCAAAGACGACUCCGGGGAGGAGACGGCGCAUCCAGAGUUUGAGAAGUUGGAGGGCUUCCCAGAGCUGGGAGUGAUAAUGGAGCAGGCGGAGGGGGAGUCGGACGACAGACUGUGUUUACCGCAAACUCCGGGCGACGUCACCGACACCGGGCCCGUCAUCCCGCUGCCCUCACCGGACCGACACCUGCAGCAUCAGAGACAGUUCGGCGAGAACCGGCGAGUGCUGCAGGCCCUGCGGACGCUGCUGGAGGAGUUUCGAGAGGAGCUGCGGGAGGAGGAGUCGCGGCGAUGCCAACUGCAGCAGUCCUACGCCAAUGACAAAGCCGCCUGGGAGGUCAAGUGGGCAGAGAUGAAGUGCCAGGUUGCUCAGCUGGAGGAGGAGGCCCGGGGUCAGGUGCGAGGUGAAGCUCAGGGAGGCGAAGAGGAGCCGACCGGAGACCCCGACUGGCCCUUGAAGCAGGAGCGCGAGGAGCAUCGGCGGCUGCUGGCCGAGAGCCACAGCACGUCGCUGGACCUCCGCUGGAAGCUGCAGCACGGAGAGAAGAGGUGGAGCCGAGAGAGGGCCGAGCUGCUGGAGCGCUUCGACCGGGAGAGGCAGGAGUGGGACGGCAGCAUGAGGGAGCUCCACCGCAAGAUGGAGAGGAUGCAGAGAGAGCUGAACACCCGGCGAGGCGAAGGCAUUGACGUCAAAGAUGGCAGCUCGGCCCACAGAGGCGUGUACUCACCUCAGGACAGUCCCUGCAGCGCUCCCCGGUCGCCUCGGGCCCCUCGUUCCCCCUGUACGUCCACUCCUGUCCCGCCUCCCCCCAAACGCUCCCACUCCGACUCUGAGGCCAUGCUGGAGGAGCAGGGCGCCGCGAUGAGGCUGAAAGGCCCAACGGAGAACCUGUUCCUGGACGCACUGUCUCUGGAUCCCCUCAGCGGCCUGGAAGUCCCACCACCCUCCAGACUGGAGAGUGAGAAGAGGUUCCCCUGCAUGAAGGAGGCCCUGAACGAGAUUUCAGAGAGAGAAGGAGAUCCUGCAGACGAGGAGAUGAGGGAGGGUGGAAGUCUGCUCAGAGCCAAGUCAGUGUGCUCCAUGAGCGACUUCCAGCGGUUAAUGGACAGCUCGCCGUUCCUCCCCGACAAGACUCGCCACGGCGAUCAGGGCCAAGACGACGUCACCCCACCUCUCUCCCCGGACGACCUCAAGUACAUUGAGGAGUUCAACAAUAAGGGCUGGGACUUCGAGUCACCCGCCCCCAUUCCAGGUCCGAUCCGGGAAGGAGAGCCCGUCAUUCCCGGUCCAUUCCAGCCAGCCUCCUGGUUCCUCACCACCAGCGCCACCCUGACCACCAGCACCCUGAGCAGCCCUGAGCACUGCCACAAGUCCCCGCUGAGGGGCAACGGAGCCGGGGCGACAGGGGUGGGAGUGGAGCACUAUGGGGUUCACCUCCUCCACAGCCCCACCAGACCCGGGGCAGCCGAGCGCACCACUGCCCAAGACCCCGAAUUCCUGUACGCCAAGGGGACCAAAGCCAGGGGUGGAGGGGAGGCCGGGGUGGGAGCCAGCGGGCCGGAUGAGGUGUUCAGCACCACAAGGUGGCCAUGUAUUCUGGAGAGCGGGGGGCUGAGGACUUCUCCUAGCCAGUCUCCUAUCUGCCCCACAGUGGGCUAUGCCUCCUCUCUGGAGCUCCAGCUCUCUAGAAACUUGAGUGACGACAUGAAGGAGGUGGCCAUCUCUGUGAGGAACGCCAUCCGCUCUCCACCGGGGCCCGUCGUCCGGGACACUGCCUGCCAGACCAACGGAUUCACCACACGAGGCACUCAGACCACCCAGACCAUCAGUGUGGGUCUGCAGACGGACCUCCUGAGGAACCUGACCAGCAGCCCUCACCGCUGCCUCACCCCGAAGGGCGGCGGCACCCCCAUCUCAUCCCCAUCUCGCAGCAUGAGGAAGGUUCAGUACUCUCCUGUGGUCCAGAGCAAGUUUGAGCGUCCCUGCUGUUCACCAAAGUACGGCUCGCCUAAGCUUCAGCGCAAACUGUCCACAUCUAAUAAGGCUGAGCUGCCCAACAACAGCCGUGCUCCCACCCCCACCACACCCCAGAAGGGAAACAACGAGUCGGCGUGGGCUCGCUCCACCACGACUCGCGACAGCCCCGUCCACACCACCAUCAACGACGGCCUCUCCAGCCUCUUCAACAUCAUCGACCACACCCCGGUGGUCUACGACUCCAUGCAGAAGUUCAACAAGUCCCCCAGUCGCUCUCGCCCCACACCGCCCUCCACCACCGAACCCAGCCCCGCUCACGGACCUCUUGCCACGGACCCCCGGAGCGUGCAGGAGUGCCUGCGGACGGCCAGGGGGCGCUCACCCAGCCCAGUGCAGCUGAUAGUGGAGACGCAGGGUGACAAAAACCCAGAGGUGGUGAGCAUACGGCAGGACCUGUCGGCCCCGCCGGGCUACACGCUGGCUGAAAACGCAGCCCGCAUCCUCAACAAGAAGCUGCAGGAGCAGAACUUUAGAGAAGAGAGGAGGCUGCAGGCAGGAGGACAGAACGUCCACAGCAGAGACAGCGGCAGGCAGGCCGACUCAGACAGAGGACAGUCUGGAUGUAUGGAGGACCUGCCUCGCUCUCCGGUGGCUCCGCCGCUGGACUCCUGCUUCCUGAGACCGGCCCGCCCGGCCAACCGCCGACCCCCGUCGCGCUGGGCCGCCCGCUCCCCUUCCUCCUCCCCCAAGUGGAGCGAGGGCUCCAAGAGGAGGUUCACCUUCCCGCCGCCGGGACACCGGAGGACCAUCCUGGAGGGCGAGGAGCCGGCGUGAGGCCUCCUCUACCUCCUCUCACCCUUCUCCACCUCAGCCUGAAGAGACCCAGUACCUCAGAAACUCCUCCCCCUCCGAUCUAGAGACUCCCAGAGACGGAGCCUGGCGGUGGGGGAUCCACCCAGUAGCACCAGCUGACCAUCGAGGAACCAGAAGAACCUGGAAUGUACUGUACAACCACAGAAACAGACCUAAAAAACACAUUUCCAUAAGAGGUGCCUGUACACUUGAGUUACUCAUCACCCCACGUGUGUGUAUACAUAUAUACGUAUGUGUACUUCAUACAUAUAUAUGUAUAUUUUAGAAACAAUUCUGAACCUUUUUUCAGGUGCAAACUGUAGGUCAGCUGUUGCAUUUAUACGUUUACACCUUUUUCUCAUGGGUUUACAUUUUCUUAUUUCUCUUUUUCGUUCUGUCUAUAUCAGUUUUUUUUUUUAUAAUAUCAUUCUUUUUGUUUUGCCAACCUUUAAAGCUCCUCUUUUCUGUUUAGUGUCAAGGAGAAGAAAGACAACACAAACAACAACAACAACAAGAAAAAAAAACAACAACUUCUGCUUCAUCGGGUCUGAAGCGGAAACACAUGAUGUCAUUUCUGAUGCUAAUUUAUUUUUACGUUGGGAUGAAUGUUUGGCUCGGUAGACACGUAGAAGACGAUGGGUGACAACAAACCUUAUGCAUAUUUGGAAGGCAGUUGUACAAAUAUCAGUCAAAUAUUUGCAUGCCUUUUGAACACUAGCACUUUAGUGCAUGUACAUACGAGCUCUAGUCAUUCGUGGUCGCUCAGCUCAAGCCGUUGGGGGGAGAAAAGAAAAGCGACGGGAACUCUCGAGCUGUUGUUUUUUUGUUGUCACAUGAUUUGCAUUGACUCAGAUAAGAACCGUUUUUAAGUAAAUUAUUGUACCUACCAGGCUGUCUUUGUACAGUUGUUACUAUUGGAUAUGAACAACUUUUUCUUUUGACAAGAAAAAGCGAUUGUGGAAAAAAACAAAAAAUGAAUGUUUUAAACGAGAAGUCUACGUCAAAAAAAAAAAAAAAAGUCUAAUGGAUCUAUAGUCUUCUGUAAAUAGUAAAUGGUAAUAAACAUGAAUGUGUAUUUACAAGA